UGUGCCUAUCUUGAGAAGCUUCAACUAGGAAAGAGGUUCGCUUUUGACUUUCUCCCCAGCUUGUUUUCUGAAGUCUCCUUCGACUAUCUGUUCACUACCCACACCACCCAAACGCACCAUAUCCCUAAGAGCAAUCCCUUCACACACACACACACACACACACGCGGAAUUCUGUCCAAUCAAGGCGGCUAAUCCUAAAUCAAUUAAAAACCCUAAUCCCCAGACCAGAUAGGCCAGCUGCUCUUAAUCUCAGAAAACAGUCCGAAUGAUCCUGAAUACAAAGCCUGGUGAAGGCAUCUUCAUAAGAGUAUUUGCAUCCACCACUUCCCGGUAAUCUGUAUUCAUUUUAUAACAUGUCCAUACUGCCGCCUUUAAAACGAAUGAUUAGGCCAGCAAAGUGACAGUCCAAUGGGCGAAAAUCCUGAGAAACGGCUGUUCCUCAUCAGUUUUUCCAAUACUGGAUCUACAUCUAAUCUCUGGGCCAAAAAUGAAAGGUGUUAAAGUCGUCACAGGCCGGCACACCACCCAGGACCUUGCACAGCAGCACGGUGGAGUCAGUGAUGUCGUGGAGAAAAUCCCCUUCAAUCAGGUGUCCUGCUGCGGCCCUGUUUCUUGGACCAGUGGUUGCCAUCUGACAGAGUCUACCUGUAGCCGCCUGCUCUACAUCCUUCUCCACGUGGGGGCCUCGGCAAUCUGCUGCCUUCUGUUGUCAAGGACAGCGGUAGAAAGGGUCUGGGGCAAAGCAUAUGGGAUACCGAUGCCCUCAAUGCUAUGUGCCCACCUGUUUGGCAACUCUGACUGUCCAGUGCUCAGUGGGUCUGGGGCUGUGUAUGGAGUAUGUGCAGGAACUGCCACCUUCCACCUGCUGUAGGCUGUGCUGCUAGCCUGCCUCCACUCCCCUACCAGCCCUCAGGCACAGCUGCAGAACUGCUUCUGGAGCCUCACGCUGUUGUUCCUGUCAGGUCUCUGUACCGUUGCCUUCUACCCUGAUGAGCAUCUCUUCCCUGCCUGGCAUUAUAUUGGCAUCUGUGGAGGCUUCACAUUCAUCCUAUUACAGCUGGUGCUUAUCACAGCCUUUGCCCAGUCCUGGAACAAGAAUUGGCUGACUGGUGCAGCUCAAGACUGUAGCUGGUUCCUAGGUGUUCAGGUAAGUACCUUGAUUGCUUUUGUCACUCUCCCCCAAAGGAUGGGGGAGGACAAAAGUGCAUGUGGAAGUAGUACUAACUCCGUUCCUGCCAACUAACCCCUGUUCUCCCUAGAGCAACCAAAUUCUGGCCUUCUACAAGCCGCUAUUAUCAGCUGCUACAUCAUGUAUCUGACCUUCUCUGCACUGUCCAGCCGUCCCCCAGAGACAAUAACCUCUCAAGGACAGAAUCACACCUUGUGCCUGCCUAGCCCGAAUAAAAUGGAACUACAAAUACUGGAUACCUCAGUAGCAGUGCUUAGUGCUGGCAUCAUGUAAGCUUGUGUGCUCUUUGCUUGCAACGAGGCUUCCUACCUAGCAGAGUUUUUUGGACUCUUGUGGAUCAUCAAGGUUUCCAAGUAUGAGUUCCAGAAGCCCUCAGUCUGUUUCUGCUGCCCGCACACAGUGGAACCAGAGGAUGGUGAGUCACGUGAACAAUCUAGCCAGCUGAACCCUGCUGCUCCGGGGCAAAGCCAGCAUCUUUCCUACAGCUACUCUGGCUUCCACUUCGCCUUCUUCCUCCCUUCGCUCUAUGUCAUGGUUACCCUUACCAACUGGUUCAGCUAUGAGGAAGCAGAACUGGAGAAGACCUUCACUAAGAGUAGCUGGACUACCUUCUGGGUCAAAGUUGCCUCGUGCUGGGCCUGUGUACUCCUCUAUCUGGGGCUGCUCCUGGCACCACUGGUGGCUCCCCACUCAGAAUCACCAGCACCCUAGAAUUUUUAGGCAACACUGCCAUGGCUUCAGUACUGCCACAGAAAAACUGGCUCCUGAUCUACAUUAACCACUGGGAGACACUUUUACACUCGUAAUCUUAGCUCCAAGAGCCGUCCAGCCAAUACCUCAAGGACAAAUGAACAGUUAUCACUGUUCAAGCUCAUUAAGUAUCUAAAUUGGAAGAAGUAGAUGAACUAGUGGCUUCAUUAAAGCUCAAGACUCGUACUCCCAGGAAGUGAACCCAGGGGCCUUACCUGAUCCUAGCAGCGUGGCACAAGCCCCUUCCUGGUUCCUGAGCUGGAGAAAGGGUCAGGGAAACACCUACAGAGACUCAAGACGUGGGUCUGCUCUUAGCAAUCAAAAGGAAACAAGUGGCUCAGCCCAGAGCAGAGGUUGAAGCCCAGACCACAGAGCAAACCAGGAAGAAAGGAGCAGAGCCUACCACGGGUUUUAAUCCUGAUCUUGAAGUCAGAGGGAAUGGAAGACAAAAACCACCCAAAACAGAAAAGAAUGAACAUAGAGAGCAGCGGACCACCGGAAGUCGGUGAGCAGCAGGAUUUUUUUCCAGCCAACUUUCAAGCAAACAAAGAAUGAGGAAGAGACAAACUUGGGUCUUAGAUCCUUCCCCUCUUAUGACCCUCAUGACCAUCCUGGGGAUAGUGCUCAAGGUCACUGUGGGGGACAGAAAUCACAGAAGUCUGUAUAGUUCUUAAGAGGACUCCCCUGCCAUAUAACUGGAGUGCUUUUCUGGUUGCAAUAGUUAAA